CUAAAAAAAAGACGAAAACUAAAUUCCCCAUCUCCUUUCUUGUUUUGCUUGCUCCUCUCUUUCCCUAACUUCUGUACUUGCCCGCCUCUGUAGGGUUUUGCUCCUUCGUCUUCUAGGGUUUAUCUCUCUAGACGACAUUGCUUUGUACCAUAAUUUGUUUUUUCCAAUCCUGAUUGUGACUUUAGGAACGCCCGACAAUAAAACCGUAUGCGCGUCCGAUCUUUAGCUGACCUACCUACAGAGGAAUAUACCGUAGGACUCUGAAACCGGCGGCGGGGAUUGUUCGGUGGCGGAUAUGGAAGCUAGGGUCGGCGUGGUUGUUGAGGGAGGGCAGAGAGCUCUCAAUUCGGCAGCUGCCGCAGCUCACGGAACCGUCGUCGAUGCCGGUGCUUUCCUACAACAGCACGGCCAAAGCCACAGCAAGCCUCAGCCGUCGUCUUUCAGUCGGCAGCAGUCCCAGGUAGGAAGUGUUCAGCACAUGCUAGCUGGAGGGAUUGCGGGUGCUUUCAGCAAAACUUGCACGGCGCCUAUGGCUCGUCUUACAAUCCUCUUCCAGAUUCAGGGGAUGCACGCUGAUGUUACAGCAUUGAGCAGGCCUAGCAUAUGGAGAGAAGCUUGUCGUAUUGUGAAUGAAGAAGGGUUUAGAGCAUUUUGGAGAGGCAAUCUGGUCACGAUUGCUCACCGUGUUCCCUAUUCUGCAGUCAACUUCUAUGCCUAUGAACAAUACAAGGCAUUCUUGCAAUCACUAUUUGGCCUAGAAAGGCAGGGGGGAAAUUCAACUGCAGAUGUAGCUGCGCGUUUUCUGGGUGGAGGUUUGGCAGGGAUAACCGCUGCCUCUGCCACAUACCCCUUGGAUCUUGUUCGAACACGUCUUGCAGCUCAGAGAAACACAAUGUACUACAGAGGUAUAUGGCAUUCGUUCAGUACCAUAUGCAGAGAAGAAGGCUUCUUUGGAUUGUAUAAAGGGAUUGGGCCAACAUUAUUGGGUGUUGGACCUAAUCUAGCUAUAGGAUUUUGUGUAUACGAGUCUCUCAAAUCAUUUUGGGAAUCUCAAAGGCCCAAUGAUUCAAAAACCAUGGUCAGUCUUGGUUGUGGCAGUCUGUCUGGGAUUGCCGCAUCAACAGCAACGUUUCCAAUUGAUCUUGUGAGGAGAAGAAUGCAGUUAGAGGGAGCUGGUGGUCAAGCACGUGUCUACACGGGCGGGUUGGUCGGGGCAUUCGGACAGAUAAUCAAGAAUGAAGGGCUUAGAGGGUUUUACAGAGGGAUCCUUCCUGAAUACUACAAGGUGGUACCUGGUGUUGGCAUCGUCUUCAUGACUUACGAAACAUUAAAGACGGUCUUAUCUGGUCCUCCUUCCAGUUGAUCACCAAACUCUUACCUAUUUCACCUGCAAUCGCGUGGCGUUUCCUCAAGAAGAUAGAGCUUGGUUAGGAAGGGGUACAAUUUUGUAGCAUCAUUUUACUAGGUUAUGUAUAGAUAGUUAACUUUGCGAGACUGGUUUCCAACAGAAUCUAGGUUACUAAAAUCUAGAGUCCGGAUUUAGGGAUCAUAUGAUCGAAUCAACAGUUUUGUUUGUGAGAGCUCCUGCGGUUUGUUUGUUUGUUUGUUUGUUUCCGACACCUUCGUUUAGCACUUUUCCGAGCGGACGAGGCAAGUGUUAUUACUUUCAUAAGAAGCCACUGAUGUAAGAAGAUCGUAGGAGUUGAUUAUCAUGCUCUGUAUUUUAGCUUACUUAUAUUCGCUCACCAAACUUUAAAUCACAUGGUUGCCUUCAUCGUAUUAGUGUGGCCUUGUGCACUUUCUAUUUCCAGUACCUAAACAAAUUGAGAUGGUUGUC